GUCUGCAGUUCCAUUAACGAUCUUUGACAACAGGAAAGAGGGGUAAUCAACCAGCAUUUGUUGAUUAGAUUGGUUCUCAUGAUGUCUGAUGGUUACUAUUACACUUCGAAGAAGAGUGAUGAUAUUUGCCCAGAUGUUUGUGGACAGGAUUCACCCACAACAUUAAGCAUGUCAAGACUACGGUGUAUGCUUCGAGGAUUAGAUUUGAAGGCUCUCAUUUUUUUGGUUGUGUUCGUGCCAAUGUUCAUAGUUGGUGCAUACUUGCAUGGGCAGAAAAUUACCUACUUCCUCCGUCCCCUCUGGCAAUCUCCUCCAAAGCCCUUUAUUGAAAUUACUCAUUAUUAUCAUGAGAAUGUACCAAUGGAGGAUAUUUGUAAACUACAUGGAUGGGGAAUUCGUGAAUAUCCUAGGCGCGUCUUUGAUGCUGUUCUAUUCAGUAAUGAAGUCGAUAUGCUUAAAAUCAGAUGGAAGGAGUUGUAUCCUUACAUCACACAGUUUGUUCUUCUUGAGUCAAACUCAACAUUUACUGGUUUGCCUAAACUCCACAAUUUUGCACUUAAUAGGGACCAAUUUAAGUUCAUUGAGCCUCGCUUGGCAUAUGGAAACAUUGCCGGAAGAGACGAAAAAGGUGAAAAUCCAUUUUUUGAAGAGGCAUAUCAGAGAGUAGCAUUGGACCAACUUCUGAGACUUGCUGGCAUUGAGGAUGAUGAUUUGCUCAUAAUGUCCGACGUUGAUGAGAUUCCUAACGCUCAUACUAUUAAUCUUUUGAGGUGGUGUGAUGACAUUCCUCAUGUCCUUCACCUUCAUCUGAAGAAUUACUUGUACUCAUUUGAAUUUCAGAUUAAGCACAGAAGCUGGAGAGCUUCAGUCCACAGGUAUCAGAGUGGUAAGACUAGAUAUGCACACUAUCGUCAGAGUGAUUACAUUUUGGCAGAUGCAGGUUGGCAUUGUAGCUUUUGUUUCCGCCACAUUAGUGACUUUAUAUUCAAGAUGAAAGCUUACAGCCACAGUGAUAGAGUGAGGUUUUCACAUUAUCUGAAUCCUACAAGGAUUCAGGAUGUCAUUUGUAAAGGAGCUGAUUUAUAUGACAUGCUUCCUGAGGAGUACACGUUCAAGGAUAUUAUCGGCAACAUGGGGCCUAUCCCCCAUUCGUACUCAGCAAUUGAUCUUCCUUCUUAUCUGUUUGAAAAUCCAGACAAGUACAAAUAUAUUUUGCCUGGGAACUGCAAAAGAGAAAAUGGCUAAGUCUUACAACAGUUGGGAACGUUUUCUCAACAAAGGAGGUGCUCAGGGGCAGGUUUUAGGUUGCACCUUGAGGGGCUCGACUGCUCUAAUCAGAUAAGUGGUAACUGUGGUGUAGCAGUAUUAAAUACGGUUAUACCUUGUGUGCAGAAAGGUUGAGGUAAUCCUGGGAGGGAUUUUUUGUGAGAUAGUUGAGAUAUUCAUUUGCC